AUGACCUUUCCUGUUGUUGUCAUUGCAGAGACUGUCAUUGUCAUUAUAACUGCUCGACAAUCAUUGGGCGGUAAAGGCCUUGGAAAUAACUUCAAAAUCAUGCUGUAUACAUCUGAUCUUUAUCUUAACAACGACAUUUACAUUACAGGCAAAUGGGUUAUAUAUCAGAUACUACCCACUUCAGACAACAAUCGAAAGAACCAAAAAUGUUCACUAGGAUUUUCCCAUCGUCAAGUAGAAAUAUUUUUUAGCUCGGGAAAUCAAAUCACAAAGGAACGUAAUAUUUUGCAAGUUUUAGACAAAUUGAGAAAGCCAAGUAGUUCAAUUUUGAAAUGUGAAAAGAAAAAACAAGCUUCUAAGGAACAGACGACUGGUUUCAACAAUUACAAAUAA